AUGGAGUUUGUUGAUGGAGCAGCAUCAGUUUGUGAUGAUGAAGGUUUGUCAGGUGGGAUUGGUGGGUCCAAUGAGUGUGUCAUGAAUCUCUCUCCUAGAGGGACAAAAUAUUGGAUCCCGAUUUGUGACAAAGCUAGCCAGCCCUUUGUGGGUCAGCGGUUUAGCAAGUUGGAUGAUGGUGUUGACUUCUAUGUCCGCAUGGAUAAUCACAAGAAAUCAGUGACAUUUGCAGUAGGGUUGAUUGCGAAGGAAGAUAUUGACUCAUAUGUGUGGUUGCUUGAUAAUUUAAAGCAAGCUAUGGGCCACGAGCCGACAUACGUUGUCACCAAUCAAGACCCAUCUUUACGGGUAGCUGUGCUAAGGUUUUUCACGUCUGCACAGCAUCGAUUUUGUAUGUGGCAUAUUAUGACGAAUGUGGGUGAUAAGGUUCGGGCGGUGCUUGCCAAUGAUCAGCCUUUUCGUCAGGAUCUUAACGCUAUUGUGUGGGAUGAGUGUAUAACGAUAGAGCAGUUUGAGUCUAAAUGGCUUCAGAUUAUGGAGGUGCAUGGGCUUGUUGAGCAUAGGUGGCUUCAGUUGAUGUUUGAGUUGCGUGCAUUUUGGAUUCCUGCUUUUUUUCGGGACUUACCUAUGAGUGGUUUGGUGCGGUCUACAUCUCGAUCCGAAUCCCAGAAUAGUUCAUUUGGGGGCUGUACUAAUUGCCAUGCAAGCUUAGUGGAGUUUUUUAUUCACUUUGAAGGUGCGAUUGAUAGUCAAAGGCAUAAGCAGGCUAAGCUCGAUGCUGCAUGUGAGGGAUAUUUGCCCGUGGUUAAGACCCCUUUGGCUAUUGAGCGUUAUGCUGCUUCCGUUUAUACCAUUACUAUUUUUUAUGACGUGCAGGCAGAGAUUGUUGCUGGUUGCUUUGAGUGCCGUGUUUUGUCGUUUGCGGUGGAUGAUGAUGUAAAACGCGUUGAAGUAGAGGGGGAAAAUGGUGUUGUGUGUGUUGUUGUCUUUCAUAUGGCUGAAACUACUGCUUCUUGUUCGUGUUGGAUGUUUGAGCGUGUUGGGUUGCUUUGUAGGCAUAUUUUUCUUGUUUUGAAGGAUGCUCAUGUGGACUCCAUUCCGGCGUGCUACGUUGUUUCUCGGUGGACACAUGAUGUGUACAAGCGUCCGAUUUAUGAUAUAGAUGGUGUGCACGAUGCUUCUGCUUUGCGUGGGAAUUCUAGCAAAAGCGCCAUGAAGGAGGAGUUGAAAUUGUCAUUUGUGGAUGCGGACAGUACUUUGGGUUCGUCUGUGGCUAAGUCUGGUGUCAUUCGUUCCUUUGGUGGGGUGCUUGCGUCUUCAGAGAUUGUUGGCCACCCUCCUACUGUUGCUAAGAACAAGGGGUUUGGGAAGCGGUUCAAAACUGCAAAAGAGCUUGCUCUGGAGAAACACUACCAAAAAACGCGGAAAUAA